AUGGGAAGCAACGAAGGACCUCAAACUUUUUGUUUGAAAUGGAACCACCAUAAAACGAACUUAGUGGAAAUUCUAGAAGCAUUAAUAAAAGUAGAGACCUACGUGGAUUGCACGUUAGUGGUGGACGACCAGGUGACGUUCAAGGCCCACAGAGUUGUGCUAGCCGCGAACUCCCCAUACUUUCAAUCAAUAUUAGCUGAUGUUCCAAUGGACCACUGCAGCAUUCUUUUCCCUGGUGUGAAGGAUUUCGAGAUGCGCGCCCUUCUCGAAUAUAUGUACACAGGUGAGGUGAACGUCACUCAGGCGCAUAUACCACAUAUCAUGAAAGUAGCAGAGCAGCUGGAGGUUAAGGGUUUAUUUGACAUGACGGAGUUGCGAAGGCGCCCGGGCAGUACGGAGCGCACUCCAGCCGCAUCCCCUCCACGCGUUGUACCCGCCGCACCCUCCAGUGUGUCCCCUCCGGCGCCCGCGCCGCCCUCGCGAUGGCCGCCUCCACCCGCAGCUCCCGCUCUCUCCGCCGCCUACGACUCUGCUGAUAUGAACCCGCUCAAACGUAAGAAACUCUCUAGUAUGCUGGCCACUCGGGACACACCAAUUUUAAGAAACGUUUUAGCUCAGACAACCCCUGUUGAUUCAUCUCAGCCCAUGUCUUUAGUGUGCCACCCUGUCAAUCAACAUGCACCUCCGCGCCUGCAUUCAAAUGGAUCAGCACAUGAAUCUGAACGUGCUCCAAGUCCACAUCGGGCUUUUGAGUACCGCCCUCGAAGGCUUUCUUCUCGCGCUUCAUCACCGCAUUAUCAUAGAUCAGAUCGAUCUGAAGAUGCUCAUUCACCAUAUACUGAGCGAUCAUUUGAAGAUGAGAAUCAGCGCACAUUUCACCCUUCUCCUCCACCCACAAAUUUUCAACAAGAUGUUAGAGCUGGCCUUGCACCAUAUGUUCCACCGCAACAAAAGCCAGAAUGGAAACGGUACAAACAAUACACAAGGUCAGAUAUUUUGUCUGCUAUCGAGUGCGUGCGUAACGGAAUGAGUGCAUUACAAGCGUCACGUAAAUACGGCGUUCCCUCACGUACAUUAUACGAUAAAGUUAAAAAACUAGGAAUUACAACCAGCCGGCCGAUGAGCCGAGGAGUCAAGAGAGAGUCAAACGGUGCCGCAUUCCCUUAUGGUUUAAGCGGCACUGGAGGUGCUGAAGAUGGGAACCCAACCACGCCUCUUAUUGACCCAUCAUUUCUACAACAAGCAUUGGAAGGCGCUACAAGAGACGGUGGAAGAGAAGCUCUGCAUGCAAUGGCGCUGGCCGCCGCAGCACAUGCAGCUCUUGCGCCACGUACGCCUCCUCGAUCGCCGCCACAAUCACCAAGGACACCUCCACACGAUGAUGAUCACGUCGAAGAUCUGUCAGUCCCUCGUCGGCGUGAUUUGGAUCAACCAGCAGGAGUUAUAGUUCCACCGCGAAACUUUGCCUUGGAUUGCGGUAGCGAAAGGGAUUGA